CGAGGACGUCCUUGUUUCUGCCAUCCCAUUUGCUCAAGGAGAGAUCUUUGCGAUCUACAGAGUAGCCUUGCUUUUGUUAUAUCAUCAAAGAAGAUAUCUGGAGUCGUCAACAUGCUUUCCUCACUCUCUCGUCCUCUUUCACGGUCAGCACUCCGAGGGUUUGCAACCGUAGCUUCUGCGAACCCUGCUGACAAAUAUAAGGUUGUUGUUGUCGGUGGUGGCUCAGCUGGUAUGGCCGUGACGGCUCAGUUGGCGCGGGAUCCUUUGUUCAAAGGAAAGAAGGACAUUCUUGUUGUGGAUCCCAGCGCGAAGCACUACUAUCAACCUCUAUGGACAUUUGUUGGAGCGGGCUUGAAACCUUUCAGUGACAGUGAGAAGCCCAUGAGCGAGUUGGUGCCCGAGGAGGCCGAGUUGCUUCAAAAGCGUGUGACAAAGAUUGAUCCAGAAAACAAGGUCGUGCUGACCGACGGAAAGGAAAUCAAGUACGAUUUCCUAGUUGUUGCAUCGGGUAUCAAUGUGGACUGGGACAAAAUCCCUGGACUGCAAGAAACGCUGGGAAAAGAUGGUGUCACUAGCAACUACUCUGCGGAAUCUGUGGAGAAGACGAACGAGUUCAUUCGCGCGUUUAAAGGAGGAAACGCCAUAUUUACUCAACCUGCCACGCCCAUCAAAUGUGCGGGGGCCCCUCAAAAGAUCGCUUAUCUUGCCGAAGAGAUUUUUAGACAGAACGGAAUCCGGGAUAAGACGAAUGUCCAGUUCCAUACCGGGAUGGGGAAAAUCUUUGCCAUUGACAAGUAUGCGGCCGAAUUGACAAAGGUCUGCCAAAGUCGUAACAUCGAUGUGAAUCUCCUCUCCAAUCUUGCUGAGAUUCGUCCAGACCGUAAGGAGGCCGUGUUCAAGAACCUGGGUCCUCAAGGAGGGGAGAAGACCAUCAAGUAUGACCUUCUGCACGUGACUCCACCCAUGAGUGCUCCUAAGUUCAUCAAGGAGAGCGGCCUCGCCAAUGCUGACGGAUGGGUCGACGUGAACAAGGAAACAACGCAGCACAAUAAGUACUCCAACAUUUUCGCUCUUGGUGACUCUAGUAGUCUUCCAACAUCAAAGACGGCUGCUGCUGCCGCUGCCCAAUCUGCUGUGACCAGUCACAAUCUUCUUAGCACUAUCAAGGCCGCGAAAGAAACGCCAAGCACAUAUGGUGGAUACACUAGCUGCCCACUAAUUACUGGACGUGGCAAGCUCAUCCUGGCCGAGUUCUCUGGAUACACAGGCCAACCUCAAGAGACCUUCCCGUUCAACCAGGGCAAGGAAUCCGCAUUUUCAUACUAUCUCACGUCUGACGUAAUCCCUGCGAUCUACUGGCACGGAAUGGUGAAGGGCCACUGGACCGGACCGGGAUCGUACCGGAAAUUUACCAACCCUCUGUCGUCAAACUGAGGACCUACUGUUUCCUAUGAUGUGCAUAAUUCAUUUUCAUUGUUCAGUGUCAUUGUAAUUUUGGUUUAUAUGCGGGUAUCUGCUUGAUGGGGCCACUUGCGCCAAUCUGAUGGGGACCGGUAAUAGAAAGUUUCUUGUGGA